AGAGAGAGUAACACACAGUUUGUCACUUUGUGAUUCCCAAGCUUAUCAGCUAGCUACCUUCAACCCACUUCUCUCAUUUUGGAACCAGAGAGAACCCAAAUGGGGGAGGAGGAGAAAAAACCAGAGGAAAAGAAAGAGGAGGAAAAAAAGCCCGAGGAAGCCAAGAAAGAAGAACCAAAAGCCGAAAAGCCAAAAGAUGCCCCAAAAGAAGAGAAAAAAGGAGAAGAAUCCAAGGAGUCAAAGGAAUCCAAAGUCCCACCACCACCUCCAGAGAUUGUCUUGAGAGUCUUCAUGCAUUGCGAAGGUUGCGCCAGAAAAGUUCGUCGAUGCCUCAAAGGCUUCGAAGGAGUUGAGGAUGUUCUGACGGAUUGCUCGACGCAUAAGGUGGUUGUGAAGGGUGAAAAGGCUGAUCCAUUGAAGGUUCUUGAGAGGGUUCAGAAGAAGAGCCACCGGAAAGUUGAGCUUCUCACUCCGAUACCAAAGCCGCCGGCCGAAGAGCCCAAGAAAGUUGAAGAAAUUGUCAAACCCGAGGAGAAAAAAGAGGAGCCUCAGGUGAUCACGGUGGUUUUGAAAGUCCACAUGCAUUGUGAGGCUUGUUCUCAGGAAAUCAAAAAACGCAUAGAGAGAAUGAAAGAUGUUGAAAGUGCAGAGCCAGAUCUAAAGAGCUCACAAGUGACAGUGAAAGGUGUGUUCAACCCACAAAAUCUGGUGGACUAUGUAUACAAGAGAACUGGAAAACAAGCAGUGAUUGUGAAGAUAGACCCAGAAAAGAAAAAGGAAGAAAAAGCCAAAGGCAAGGAAGAGAAAAAGGUUGAAGAUGGCGAGAAAGAUGGGAAGAAAGUUGAAGAAGAGAACAAAGAGAAGAAGGAAGGCACUGAAGAAGCUGCUGUUGCCAAAACAGAGGGAGAUAAAGAAGACCCUAAAGUUGAGCUCAUGAAGGUAGAGUUUUACCCAUAUUACCCCCAGAACUUCGAGGUCUAUCCACAAAGGAUUGCCCAAGAAUACUAUGCAUACCCUCCACAGAUGUUCAGUGAUGAAAACCCUAAUGCAUGUUCAGUUAUGUAA